AUGUCUCUUUCUCUCAUACUUACGGAUUCCUCCCUUUUAAAAUCAGCCUAUCCUUUUCUUGUUCUCCUUUUAAAGAAGGUGGAAAUGGAUUUUCUUGGAGUUUGUCUAGUAGUCUUCCUAACCAUGUCGAAAACAAUUCAUGGCUAUGGAGGUGGAUGGUCCAAUGCUCAUGCUACCUUCUAUGGAGGUGGUGAUGCUUCUGGCACAAUGGGAGGAGCUUGUGGUUAUGGCAACCUAUACAGCCAAGGUUAUGGGACAAACACAGCAGCACUAAGCACAGCUUUAUUCAAGAACGGACUAACCUGUGGAGCUUGUUUCGAACUCAAAUGUGUAAAUGAUGCAAGGUGGUGUUUUUCAGGAUCAAUCAUAGUUACAGCAACAAACUUUUGCCCUCCAAACAGUGCAGGAGGGUGGUGCAAUCCUCCUUCCCAACACUUUGAUCUUUCGCAGCCUGUUUUUCAACACCUAGCUCAUUAUAAAGCUGGAAUCGUCCCUGUUCUGUACAGAAGAGUUGCAUGUAGGAAAAGGGGAGGGAUCAGGUUCAAUAUAAAUGGUCAUUCAUACUUCAACCUUGUCCUUAUAACCAAUGUUGGUGGUGCUGGUGAUGUUGUGUCAGUCUCCAUAAAAGGAUCUAGGACUAGUUGGCAACCAAUGUCUCGCAAUUGGGGCCAAAAUUGGCAGAGCAAUUCUUACUUAAAUGGUCAAGCGCUCUCCUUCAAGGUCACAACAAGUGACGGAAGAUCUAUCAUCUCUAACAACGUGGCUCCUCCUAACUGGGCUUUUGGUCAAACCUUCCAUGGGGGACAGUUCUAA